AUGGGCAAUGGAAAGGGCUACGCUAUGCAAAAGGUUGAUGUUGUGAUCAUUGGAUCAGGGGCCAGCGGUCUUCAAUGCGCUGCAGAUUUGAAGGACAACACAGAGCUCUCUUUUGUUGUCGUGGAAGCUCGCGACAGGGUUGGUGGUAGGAUAUACUCUACAGAGAUCAUGGGGCAUCGUGGAUUCUACAGAGAUCAUGGGGCGUCGUGGAUUCAUGGGCUGGGAGAAGACGGAAACGAGAAUCCUAUGGUCCAGUUGCUUCGAGAUCGUGAUCGGGACACUAAUGGUGAAGUCGAUAUAAUUUUUCAAGGCAAUGCGUGGAUGAGGCCGAUGAGUAUUUUGCACAACGAAGGAGCCAUCGCAAUCUUUGCGAAUAAAGAACGCAUCCCCAACGGUUCAGCAACAAUUGAUGAGGCUCUCAAGAGACACUAUGCAAUCCAAAGGAAGAUUUCCGAAUAUGCUGGUAAGAUGUUCGAAGACGGAGAGGGUAUGAAGACUGUUCACCUGAGUGUGGAAGAGGCCCGUUCAAUAGUCCUUCGAGAAGAGAAUGCAAUUUUUCCGAUGAAUACAGCCGUCGAGCGCUUAUGUCCAUUCUAUACCUUUUUGAAUGAAAAUUGGAACGGAAUUUCUUCCUCUCUGCUCCCUCUCUACUCACUUUUCAAUGACGAUGAUAACCAGGACUUGAAUGAUCACACAUAUUCAAACCACGGUGAUUAUCCUGGACCACACUGCAAGGUUAAGAGCGGAAUGCGAUCAGUUCUAGAUCCAUUGGUGUCCAAGUUAGAGGGAAGGGUUCUAUUGGAACAACAGGUAGACAAGAUAGUCAGACUGAACGACUCAGUGCGUGUUGAAUCAUCGUCGGGCUUGGUUGUAAUUGCAGAUUGUUGCGUUUGUACUCUUCCUCUCGGGUGUCUGCAGUCUACAGCAUCCUCCGUGUUCCAGCCCAGUUUGACGCAAGAGAAAUUGGAAGCUGUGUCCGCGAUUUCAGCUGGAAACUACAAGAAAGUGUUCCUGACGUUUAGCACCAUUUUCUGGCCGAUAGAUGAACCCUUAAUUGGGCUGAUUCGAGAGGAAAACGAACCCGACAAGAAAGGCAAGUAUCUCCUGGUCAAUAAUCUCUGGGCAAAACACGGCGUGCCGUGUAUGGAGGCAGUAUUAUGUGGUGAUCUAGGGGAGUGGGCAACAGGGAAAAGAACUGAAGAAUUAAUGCAUUUUGUCAUUCAAUACCUUGAAGAUACGAUGCCGAUUGAAAACGUUGAAGAGCUAUGCACACACUGCCAUGUCACAAGAUGGGAAGAAGAUCCUUAUACGAAAGGGUCUUACAGUUCUGUAAAACUGGGAACGCUGGAACGUCAUGUGGAUGCCUUUAGCGCUCCAGAAUGGGAAGGGAGGCUUAUCUUUGCUGGCGAAGCAACGGAAUCAGAGCACAUGGGUAGCGUGCACGGGGCACUUAUCAGCGGCCAAAGAGCUGCGCAUCUUGUCCAACAGUUCUUCGACAAAAAAUAA